AUUAAACUUUUCUCUGUUCCUUUCUUCAUUCAUCACCUUCUUAGUCCCCACCAUUUUAUAAGCACACUCUCCGUGAUCAACGAACCUAACCAACCUCACUUCAUUCAUUUCUCACUAACCAAAAUCCCAUUUUCCAUUUCAACUCCAACAACUUUUCAAUUCAACCUCAUCCAAAAUUUUGUACUCACAUUACAAUUACAAUUAUAACAAUUGCAUGAAAUGCUUCAUUUAUUUGACUUUCACUCUUUAAUUCACCACCCUUAAGAAAGAACAAACAACAAUUCAAUUAAAUCAAACCCAAUGGGUCUUUGCACUUCGAAACCCUCUUCAAAUCCCACUCACUCCUCUCGCAAAUUCAACACUGAACUUCCUCAACCAAACUCCGUCACUUCCCAACCUCUAACUAACUCCGUCAAUGGCCAAAACCCUAACGAAACCGAAAACGGUAACAGAUCUCCGUUUUUCCCGUUCUACAGUCCUAGUCCGGCGCACAAUUUUUUCUCCAAGAUGUCUCCGGCGAGGAAAUUUUUCAAGAAGCCGUUUCCUCCUCCGUCUCCGGCGAAGCAUAUAAGAUCUCUUUUGGCUCGGAGGCAUGGCUCCGUGAAGCCUAAUGAAGCUUCGAUACCGGAAGGCGCUGAAGCGGAGCCGGUGGCUGCUCUUGACAAGAACUUCGGAUUCUCCAAGCAUUUUGGAAAUAAAUAUGAUGUUGGAGAUGAGGUUGGGAGAGGCCAUUUUGGUUACACUUGUGAAGCUAAAUUGAAGAAAGGAGAUCUUAAAGGCCAACAAGUUGCUGUGAAAGUGAUUCCUAAAGCCAAGAUGACUACUGCUAUUGCUAUUGAGGAUGUGAGAAGGGAAGUGAAAAUUUUGAGAGCUUUGAAUGGACACAAGAAUGUAGUACGAUUUUAUGAGGCUUAUGAAGAUCAUGAUAAUGUCUAUAUAGUAAUGGAAUUGUGCGAAGGUGGAGAGUUGUUGGACAGAAUAUUAUCAAGAGGUGGGAAAUACACAGAGGAAGAUGCAAAAGCCAUUCUGAGACAAAUACUGAAUGCUGCUGCAUUUUGCCAUCUACAGGGUGUUGUGCAUCGUGAUCUUAAACCAGAGAACUUCUUGUUCGCAUCCAAGGACGAGAACUCAGAACUGAAGGCCAUAGACUUUGGGCUGUCGGAUUUUGUUAAACUAGAUGAAAAGCUCAAUGAUAUUGUUGGUAGUGCAUACUAUGUGGCUCCUGAAGUUCUACAUAGAGCUUAUAGUACAGAGGCUGAUGUCUGGAGUAUUGGAGUGAUUGCAUAUAUUUUAUUAUGUGGCAGCCGUCCGUUUUGGGCUCGGACUGAGUCUGGUAUCUUUCGUACUGUAUUGAAAGCUGAUCCAAGUUUUGACGAACCUCCUUGGCCUUCUCUCUCAGAUGAGGCAAGGGAUUUUGUUAAGCGAUUACUAAAUAAAGAUCCAAGGAAAAGAAUGAGUGCAGCACAGGCAUUAAGUCAUCCAUGGAUUAAAAACCACAAGGAUGCAAAAGUACCUUUGGAUAUUUUAAUAUUCAAGCACAUGAAGGCAUACAUGCGUUCUUCAUCUCUACGAAAAGCUGCUUUAAGGGCUCUAUCGAAGACAUUAACUGUAGAUGAACUACAUUACUUGAAGGAGCAGUUUGCACUUUUAGAGCCUAACAAAUAUGGCACCAUAAGCUUGGAAAAUAUAAAAGCGGCCUUUAUGGUAAAUGCAACAGAUGCUAUGAAGGAGUCACGCAUUGCUGACUUUCUGGGAUCACUUAAUGCAUUGCAAUAUAGAAGGAUGGAUUUUGAUGAGUUUUGCGCAGCUGCACUCAGUGUUCAUCAACUUGAAGCAAUUGACCACUGGGAGAAGCGUGCACGUUGUGCCUAUGAUCUGUUUGAAAAGGAUGGAAACAAGGCCAUAGUCAUUGAUGAAUUAGCUUCGGAGCUUGGGCUUGGUCCAUCUAUCCCUGUUCAUGCUGUUCUUCAUGAUUGGAUUCGGCACACUGAUGGGAAGUUAAGCUUCCUUGGAUUUGUGAAAUUGUUGCAUGGCCCAUCAAGAAGUCUUGCAAAAGCUCAAUAGAGACUUUGGAAGCUCAAUACAGUAUCCAAGAAAAGAGUGCUAAACUAUAUAUACCACGAUAAUCUGGCUAACACAACGCUAAUGCAAUCAUCACAAUUCUAUCAUCGAGUGAUUGUCUGUCACGUUGUGGCUUAGCAUAUAAUUGGGGUUCUCCCGCGUUUACAAGGAAUGAGUUUUUGUUUUUACCAUUUGAGCGAGUAAAUUAAACCUGGCAUAGAUGUUUGUAUUUUCGUCUGUAAAGCUGUAGUGUGUUAAGUUACAGGUGAGAAUAUGUCUGAUUGUUAUUAGGGUACAUUUAUAUUGUAACACGUUCUGUGAUUCAGAAUUGAGAAAUCACAUUCUUGUCCACAUGCAAAUUAAUUGACUUGCAUCCAGAGCUGAAUGAAAGAGGUUUUUGGAGCUC